ACGCUGGAUCCUUGUUCAAAGAAGCUUUUCGUCGCAUUGGAAGCCACACAGGAGCCGCCUGUUGCACCCACCAGUGCGUUCAUCUACCUCAUUGAAAAAGCGUCUACCGAACUGUCCACCAAAGCGUCCGCGCACGCUACCUGAGUUUCCUGGAGAAGUGAUCGAACUCAGCCAGCGUGCAAGUGCCGUAUAAGCUGGGGAUAUAGUCGGUGGAGGCGGCGAGUAUGAGGAUGUUGGAAUUGAGGAAACUGGUGAUCCUUGCCCUGAAGAAGAGGUUAUGGAGGAGGGCAUUAGCUGGGAAGAUUUUCAAGCUGUUGUAAGUGUACGGUACCGCGGUUGCUUUGGUGAUCUAGCCAAUCACCCGCUAGUGGCUUCUGACAGCUUCUUUAAUUGGAAAGUUGACAAUAUUGCUCUGUUUGAAGUGUGGGAGUGGAUUGACAAGGUGGUGAGCGAACUUUGCGUCCCUACCACAUUAAACUGCUUGCAAGAAGCAUUGCUUCAACACGCUUUGUAAAUAUACUUAUAAAGUAGACUACUACACUCUCAACGUCUACCUACACCUUGUAGCAAAGUUGCACCCUAAUUGCUAUAAUAAUCGUUGAGAGAGAAAUAAUAGGCUGACAUUUCUCUAGUCACGGGUUAUCACCAACACACGUGGCACACAUGACCUCCAUACUCCAUAAACCGUCACACGGUC